GUGUCUGUACUGCAUAUUACUAUGCGAUCAGAGGGGCUGGAGGUCGGCGCAGCCCGGGAUUGAUCGCUCACUGACACCGUGCGCCUCUUCUCUUUCUUGAACGCAUCUUGGAGGUAUAAAAGCUGCUGCUGCCGCUGCUGCUCCGGCUCUCCUUGGCAGUACCAUGUCCAUGCGAAAGGCGUCGUUGACGGACAAGCAGGCUAAAAACGGCACGUCAAAAUAUGUGUUGGAGAGAUGCGCCUCUAUUAACGAGUACUAUGAUAUUGCCUUCAAGGUGAUGCUGCUCGGAGAUUCGGCGGUGGGGAAGACGUGUGUCUUGGUGCGCUUUAAAGAUGGGGCAUUUCUGGGAGGCAACUUUAUAGCCACCGUUGGAAUAGACUUUAGGAAUAAAGUGGUGGAUGUUGACAACCUGAAAGUCAAGCUCCAGAUCUGGGACACAGCUGGUCAGGAGAGAUUCCGCAGCGUAACGCACGCAUAUUACAGAGAUGCCCAGGCAUUACUUCUACUUUAUGAUAUCACCAACAAGCCAUCGUUUGACAAUAUCAGGGCUUGGCUGACUGAAAUACACGAAUAUGCCCAGAAGGAUGUGGUCAUCAUGUUGCUCGGCAACAAGUCAGACAUGGCUGCAGAGAGGGUGGUGAAGACUGAGGAUGGAGAGAAGCUGGCCAAGGAAUAUGGGGUGCCAUUUAUGGAGACCAGUGCAAAGACAGGAGUCAACGUGGAGCUGGCUUUUCUCGCAAUAGCAAAGGAGCUGAAGCACAGAGCGACACAGCAGCCAAAUGAGCCCAAGUUCAAGAUUCACGACUACAUUGAUUCUCAGAAGCACAAGUCUGGCUGCUGCAGCCUCGGGUAGCAGAUGUUGGAACGCCACGCAGAGAGACGGAUGCAAGAUAAAGAAAGAUGGAGGGAGGAAGGGUGGGAUUGAAGAUGGGGUUGAGGUAAAAGAAUAAAGAAAAAUGUCUCUCUUAUGAAAAGCCAAUCCAAGCAACCAUACCCCCUUGAGAGGCAGAUGCUCUCGACUUCUGUGCGGAGCUAAUGGCUGAGUGAAAGCAAAUCUGGACUUACUGCCCUUGCUGAAAUGUGAAUUUAAAUAGUUUGUGUAAUGUGUAGAAACGUUCGUGAUCUUUGUGGUGACAGUUGUAUCAGAGUACACGUCAAGACUUACAGUCUGAAAUUCUAUACCCGUCUGCAGGGACUCCCUUGAUAAGCGGCAGGUUUUCAUGGACCACCCAAAUGACUCUUUAUGUGGAUAUAGCAUUUCUUUUUUGCCAUCAGAGUUUGCUUCAUUCCAGUUUUACCAGGCUGUUAACUGAGCCCCCUCCUCCUGCCUUUGCAGUCUUUAUCUUCAGUCAAGAGCUCACAGUCAGAUUGUAGCUAAAUGGCCCCGUCUGUUCACAUCUGUACUGCUGUUAGAUAGAACAAAGACAAUAUUUUGAGGGCAAUACCAACCUCGUGUCUGUCAGUACGUUCACAUCAAGAGACUGUAGAUGUACAGUUCCAGUUAGUUAGUUUACAUACACUCAUCAUGGGUGUUAAUGUCACAAUAAUUUAGGCUUUUAAUCUUAUUUUUGACAGUUCUAUUCUAUGUGGGCUGCAUUAACAACAUUAAACUUCAAUGUUUUUUCCAAAAAAA